AUGUUUUCUUCUUUUCUUUUGAAUUGCAACUUAAAAACAGUUGGGACAGUCAAAGAAGACCUGUCGCCCCAAGGGUUGGGAGGUAAGAGAAACUUUUAAUCACCCAUAGUUCGUUGAAACCAUACAAAGCUAUUGAGUGAAAGUUUAUACUAUGGAUGUAAGGCCUUUAUGGAGGAAAAAUUAUGAUUGGAAUUUGCUUUCGUUUUUUACCCUGAAGACAGUUCCAACUUACCUUCAAGAACGAAUGAAGUGAUUCGUUUGGAAAAACGACUUCUGGCUGCCUGCAAGGGAGAGGACACAUUCUUGCCGUGUUUUCUGGUGGACUCUUUUCACGAGGUAAAGUUAUGUACCUUUUUUCCGUCACACGCGCAAAGGUAG